AUGAUAAUUAAAAAGAAGAAAUCAUUUUUAAAAAUUCCAAAAGAACAGGUUCUUUCAAAUGGAAAUUUGCAUCAGAUAGAAUUAAAAGAUCAACGAUAUGAUUAUGAAAGAAUUCAAGAAAUAAUAAGGCCAUGCGGAGAUAAUAUGCAAUUUAAAGGUUUGAAUAAAGUUGAUAUAGUAGUGUUUGAAUAUGAUAAAGAUGAAAAUAAUGAAUGCAAAAAUGGAAAAAAAAAUACAGUAGUUGAUGUGUUAUAUGAAAAUCAAAGAGGUAUCUCCUUAUGUGGAACUUUAAUCUUUUCAGCAAAUUCAUUAUUUUUUUUUGAUCCAUCUCCUUGGACAGAUAAAAAUUUCCGAUAUUCUCCUGUUAAUAUAUUUACUGCAACUUGUCCUGAUCCCUCUUGGAGAUGGACAUGGGAUAAAUGGAGAAUUGACAUGUAUGGAAAUGUAGAUCCUGAUGGAUGGUCAUAUUCUUUUUCUUUUAAGUCGAAGAGAUGGUAUGGAACAUCUAUUUGGUUUCAUAGUUUUGUGAGAAGACGAAAAUGGGUAAGACAGCGACAAUGUUGUUUUGAUGAUCCUAGGAGUGAAGAUGAUGGAAAUUAUUUUACUAUUAGUUCUUCAUAUGACCCUUCUAGGUCUCUAAUAAGUACAAUUAGUCCUAAUAAAGAUGUUUUAUCUGUAUCAGAUAAUUCUGAAGAUGAUAUAAGUGUUCAUGAUUUACUUAAGAGGCUAAGGGAAUCUAGGAUUGACAGAGAAAGACUUCAUAUUUUAAAAAAUUUCAUUAUAUAUAAUAAUAAAAGAAUUGAUUCAUUAAAAGAUUUAAUAAAAGAUAUUCUUGAUUGUUUUAUUUUUCAAGAAUCUCGGCGUCAGCUUCUUGCUUUUUUGAUUAAGAUGGCAAAAGGUGUUCAAACUGAAAAUUAUACUCUUUCGGACUUCUCAGAAGAAACAAAAAAGGAAACAAAUAAAGAUAAUAUUUUUGAGCUCAUAGAUCUUAUAAAAAAAGAAAUACAUAAAUAUGAAUUUUGGGAAGAUAAAUAA